AUGGGGCCUGAGACUGGACUACAGCCGCUCCCCGAAGAGCAGAAGUCGCAGACUGCCCAUAUUGAGGAGGCAAAUCAAUCAUCAUUUGGACAAGAUGCCGGGCACGACUCUUUGCUGGACGAAGAUAGACUUGGUGUCGCCCAGACUCUACUCAAGAAUCCAAUCAUUAUCCUGUGUGCUUUGUAUGGCAAUAUCGGGGCAUUGAUGUAUGGCUUCGACAAUAUCACCUUGUCUCUUUGUCUAGACAUGCAACCGUUUGUUAAACAAUUCGGCAUCCUCGAAAAUGGCGAAUAUAUCAUCCCAGCUUACUGGCAAUCAUUGUGGAAUGCCAUUCCACAACUCACGACAGCACUCGGAGCUUGGGUAUCUGGACCCAUCUCAGAUCGACUCGGCCGUCGGUAUACAAUGCUCAUCGCGGGCGCCUUAUCGAUAAUUGGGGUGGCAGUGGUGUUCACUUCCUCUGCAAGCCCGCAAUUUCUGGUGGGAAAGAUGAUCAAUAGCCUCGGUCUCGGCAUGGCACUUGCUUCUGGGCAGACAUAUAUAUCAGAAAUCGCACCGACAAAGAUCAGAGGUAUCGCGCUGGCCGUAUACACUGUGUCUUUGAGUGUCGGGUACCUCAUCGCCGCAUCUGUCUCACUUAGCCGUGUCACAAUCAUGGACCAGUCAUCGUACAAAGUAGUUUUUGCUGCGGAGUGGAUUUGGCCGGCGCUUCUUGUCCUCGGCGCUUUCAUCGUUCCAGAGUCACCAUACUACCUCAUUCGCAAGAACCAGACAGACUCCGCUACCAAGGCCCUUACCAAGCUACAUCGAACCAACACUUGGAUUCAAGUUCAAGCCCGCCUCAAGACUAUGCAAGAGACCAUUCAACGCGAAGCUUUGGUCGAAUCCGGAGAGGCAUCAUUCCGUGACUGCUUCAGGGGUACAAAUUGGCGACGAACUCGUAUUGUGCUAUACGCCAAUGGCCUUUCGCAAAUGACAGGCGCAACCUUCAUCAACAACUCACCUUACUUCAUGGUUCUCGCGGGCUUGUCCGCAACAAACACGGCUAUGAUGGUAGAAGUCGGCAUCGCCAUGUCUAUAUUUUCCAGCAUCUUGACCCUCUGGGCGAUGGCACGUGUCGGUCGUCGGACCAUCGUCUUGUCAGGUAUUGCCCUCGCUGCUGUUCUUUUCUUCAUCAUGGGCAUUGCCGCGUCUGUGCCAACACAAUCCUCGGCGUCUUUGUGGUGCGUGGCAAUCACCUUACAGAUGGUCUGGCUCAGCAUUGGCCCUGCCAACGGCCCUGCUCUUGCGGUCGCUGCAGAGGUUUCCAGCAUCAGACUGAGAGCCAAGACGCUGGCCAUAGGCUUCUUUUUCAACUACUUCUACAGCACGAUAUGGAACAUUGUCGUCCCAUACAUGUUCAACCCUACCGAGGGAAAUCUCGGGGGCCUCAUGGGUUGGAUCUUUUUCGCCACGUCAGUUGUUGCUUUUGGAGUGAUGUGGAUUGAGCUGCCCGAAACCAAGGACCUGUCUUUUGAGCAGAUCGAUCGGCGGUUCGAGCAGAAGGUCAUCACAAGAGGUUUUGCGAACUUGUCCAUCGACCCUAGUAUUUCAACCAAAUUGGAUGACAUCGAAAUGGGAGGUGUCGCGAAUGCGGAGGGAUCAGGCCGUUGA